AUGGCUGAUCCGGACACAAGACAAGAAGCCGUUGACCUGCUGCAACUGCUAUACAACAGACACUCCUUGUCAUUACAUCUGCUAUUAUCUGAGGAAGACGAUGCAACUGAAAAUCUAACAAUUAAUGACAUGAGCAUGAAAGAGGGGCUCUUGAAUGAACUCGAAACAAUCCUUUUACCUUAUCUCACAGCGCGAAUCGCCGCUCUUUCGAGCUCACUCAACCUAAACAAUUUCGCCAAUAAGGAUCCAGACCUGAACCUCACGCUAGUCUUGAUAAAUACAUCACAUCUCGAUAUAAUAUUAAGCGAGAUAAUGUAUUGCAUCGAGAAGGUUACGCUCGGGUCGCCGCUACCAACGGAAAGCGACGAUCAUUACUUGAAUCGCUGCAAGCGAUUUCGAUUUUCUCUCCUCCAAACUAGAGCUACAAUUUUAGUUAGAGAAAACGUCUCUCUCCUAUUCCAGAAAUCUAGCGAACUUAUCCAAGCCUGUACAACCUCACGCGAUGAUCCAGCAAACUCCGAACAUCAAGCAAGGAUAUGCGAUAUCAAGGAAGCAACACUCAUGAUUGUUAACAAUUCUUGUAAACUAACCAGUUCUCUCACCAACCUGUUGCAAAAAACUGAUGUCGCUCUUGUUCAAGAGGAAUGGCUGGCGACAGCACAAUCAAUCAAUUCGGUACUAGAGCUUCUAGCUCACAUCAACAAUCCCAGCAUAGAAUCAAACCUGGAACGUGAUCCGACCCAUAUCGUAGACAAUGGAAAGAACAGAAAACAUAUCGUCGAAGUGGGGCGAUCAUUCAUACCGUUUGUCAAGCUAAUCAGACUCCUAUUAUAUAAGAUCUCGACGACAAGCGAAAACAAACUACCAUUCAUCUCCAAUACAAUGAAUACUGACAAACUCGAUCGCUUGAGCCGAAAUCCUAAGGUCAUCAUUGAAGCGUUGACCCUACUCAUGCAAGGCUUGGUAACACUUUAUCAAACAAAUCAACCGAUCCGCGAUCAAGAUCAGAUUUGCGCUGAUUUUGACACAAUCACGGAAACCUUUCAUUCAACAUCACUUGACAUCUGUCGUUAUCUGGUUCCUCUGCGUGACCCAUCGGCAGAUUUGCUAUGGGAAAAUAUCUUCGGGGAUUACUUUGUGGAUUUGACGAUUCUAUGGCAUAAAGCUCUGCUCAAUUUCCGAACUAUUAUUGGUGGCUCUAGACCUGAAAACGAGGAACCUGUGGAAUAG